AUGGCCGAGAAGGACGUAUACUCCGUCGACGUCGGCGACCACGAGCCGCCCGCGCACGAAGCCCGUGACAUUAAAGAUGUCGUCGACUCCAAGGGCAUGGCGGUCGGCGAGGCCGCCGAUGUCUACGGCGAUGUUCAGACCGCUGAGGAGUACGGCUAUGUGCACAGAGGAUUGAAGUCCCGUCACAUCCAGUUCAUCGCCCUUGGCGGUACCAUCGGCACCGGUCUCUUCCUCGGUAUUGGCAAGGCUUUCGCCACGUCUGGUCCUCUCUCUGUCCUCCUCGGCUACACGUUCACCGGUCUCGCUGUGUUUGGCAUGAUGCAAUGUCUGGGCGAAAUGACCACUUGGCUGCCCCUGCCUGGUGCUAUUCCUCAAUACUGCGCGCGCUACGUCGAUCCGGCCAUGGGGUUCGCGGUAGGCUGGAACAGCUGGUACCAGGCUGCCAUCACACUGUGCGCUGAAAUUUCAGCCGCUGCCGUGGUCGUCGGAUAUUGGAACGAUGAGAUUAAUCAGGGUGCAUGGAUUACCAUCAUCAUCGUGCUGGUCAUCGCUCUCAACAUCUUCGCCGUGGCCAUCUACGGAGAGGCAGAAUUCGUGUUUGCCUCGAUCAAGAUCAUCACGAUUGUCGGCCUCAUCAUCAUGGCGCUUUGCCUGGAUCUGGGUGGAGGCAACAAGCAGGGACGCCUUGGGUUCCGCUACUGGAAGGAUCCCGGUGCGAUGAAGGAGUACAUCGGCACCGGCAACUCAGGCCGCUUCCUCGGUCUCUUCGCGACGCUCGUCAACGCCGCUUUCUCGUACGGCGGUGUGGAGAUGGUCGCCGUCGCUGCGGGCGAGGCCGACGAUCCCCGCCGCAACAUCCCCAAGGCGGUGCGCCGUGUCUUCUGGCGUAUCCUCUUCUUCUACGUCCUCGGCUCCCUCGCCAUCGGCGUUCUCGUCCCCUCGACCGACGAGCACCUCCUGUCGGACGGGCCGGGCGCCGCGCGCUCCCCCUGGGUCAUCGCCAUCAACCGCGCCGGCGUGCCCGUCCUGCCGCACAUCAUCAACGCCGUCAUCCUCACGUCGGCGUCGUCGUCGGCCAACGCCUUCCUCUUCACCGGCUCCCGCUACCUCUUCGGCAUCGCGCAGAACCACCAGGCCCCCAAGUUCCUCCUCAAGUGCUCGCGCACCGGCGUCCCGUACUGGUGCGUCGCCAUCACCGCGACCGUCUCGCUCCUCACCUACAUGUCGCUGUCGUCGGGCGCCAACGAGGUCUUCAACUGGAUGAUGAACCUGACCACCAUCGCCCAGCUCUUCACCUGGUGCUCCAUCCUCGUCGCCUACAUCCGCUUCCGCGCCGGCUGCGAGGCCCAGGGCGUCACGCCCGACCAGAUGCCUUUCCGCUCCCGCGGCCAGCCCUACCUCGCGUACGUCACGCUCGCGUACUUCGCCAUCAUCAUCCUCUUCAACGGCUUCGCCGUCUUCACCAAGGGCAACUGGAGCAUCGACGACUUCAUCACCGCGUACAUUGGCAUCCCCAUCUACUUUGGCCUGUACAUCUUCUGGAAGGUCUUCAAGCGCGAGCCGUUCGCCACGGCGGCCGAGAUGGACAUUUGGAGCGGCAAGGCGGCGCUGGAUGCGCAGGUGUGGCCGGAGAGGAUUCCGAAGAACUGGGUCGAGAAGGUUUGGUUCUGGAUUGCGUAG